AUGAAUUUGUCCACGAUGACCAGCUUCGCGAACUUCAGUGGCUCCGAGUACAUGAAGAAAUUCAUGGACCUGGAGCUCGUGAGGGACUGGAGCAAGCUGCGAGACUUCGAGAAGACGGAAGUUUGGGCCAUGGCCAACCGCACGCGCGAGGCGUCUUGGGAGCUCACCCGGGUGGUGCGGAGCGAGGCGGCCGGCAUCUUGGACGAGGUGUUGGUCUUGCUGACGGCCACUGCCCGCAACAUGGCGGAUCAGCUGAGCUCGUUGGAAUCCUACGCAUUGGCCACGGGCAUCUUGACGGAGCAUGCAGUGAACGACAUGGCGGACUUCUACAAGAAAACAGUCAUGGUGUGCGUGGCAGUCGCCUGCGGUAUGGCCCUCUUGGCCUUCGUCUACGCCUGCUACCUCGAGUAUGUCUAUGAGAACAAUGAAGUGGCGCGGGCCUUCGAGACGGACCCAGCGGCGCGGCAAGGCUGCUGCUGGGGCUGCGUGAAUUGCAUCGGGCACGUUUUCCACUACACAGGCUUCUACGCGCUGAUUCUGCUGCAAGAUGCCGUGUCCCUGGCUUUGGUGAUUAUGACCCUCAUCAUGGGCACCGUGAGCCUAGCCCAGAUAGGCGUGGCCGAGGGCUGCGGCGGCGCGCCGCUUCUGAGCAGCGACCAGGACUGCAGCGCCAUGCUGCGGGAGCUCGGGGCCUUUGUAGGCGGCGACCUCCUGGCUGGUGCUGCCUCCUGCCGCGAGGGCGGUGUGCUGAUCUGCGAGGAUCUGGCGGCGGACGUCAAUCUCGUCUACAGCACGCUGCUGGCAGCGAUCGUGGGAUGCGUAGUGUCUUGCUGCAUCCCACGGCGCUUGCUGGUGGUCUGGAUGUCGGCGCACCAAAGCAUAAAGACGGCCGAGGCGCUGGCCGACGCGCAGCGUAAAGAGGACGUGCCUACAGAAUUGGCCUGA